CUGAUUGAAUGGAAAAUUUGAUGGGUCCUGCCACCUGUCUUACCUGUGACCAUGCACAACAAUGACGUUUUUGGCCUCUUUUUAAUAUUUUCAUAGCCCUAAGAGAUGUUUUUUUGAGCUACGUAGCCAAGCUCUAGGUUAGGCAACGUCAUUUAAUAGCCUUGUCUCUUUGAAUUCUUUGAUUCUUCGAGAAAUCCCACACAAAGGGAUUUGCGUAUCUCGUCAUCUUCGGGACCACAUCGAGAGAGAUAUCGUUGAUCUUUUUUAUUAUCUUUUACAGAAUACUGCACAAUUCUAUUAUUAAUACACUCUCCCCGGCAUCGACAAUAUGGUUUAUGUGCGACAGGAAUUCCUGCCGAAUCUAAAGGCAUACAAGUAUUCAGGCGUCGACCACUCCUUGACGUCCAAGUAUAUCCUUAAACCCUUCUACACCAAUGUCGUCAUCAAAUGCUUUCCCAUGUGGAUGGCCCCAAACCUGAUCACUCUGACCGGCUUCUCAUUUGUUGUCGCCAACUUCUUCACCUUGCUGUGGUACAACCCGACCCUCGACCAAGACUGUCCGCCUUGGGUCUACUACACUUGGGCCGCCGGCCUCUUUUUAUAUCAGACUUUUGAUGCGGUGGACGGGUCACAAGCACGACGAACGAGACAAAGCGGACCUCUCGGCGAGCUAUUCGACCACGGCGUAGACGCUCUUAACACAUCUCUAGAAGUCCUCAUCUUCGCUGCCUCCCAAAACUUCGGGCAGAGCUGGUACACUGUUGCUAUUCUCUUCGCAUCUCUACAAACCUUCUACGUUCAGACUUGGGAUGAAUACCACACUAAGACCCUCACGCUGGGAGUUGUCAACGGCCCGGUCGAGGGUAUUCUGAUCCUUGUGUGUGUCUACGCAUUGACGGGAUAUAUGGGCGGCGCCUCAUUCUGGCAGCAGUCGAUGCUCCCCACGCUCGGAGUCCCCGCCUCCCUCGGCAUCCCCAAGAUCCUUUACGACCUAUCCUUUUCGCAGUGGUACAUCGUUCAGGGCACUUUCGUGCUCGUCUUGAACACCGUCGAGAGUGCGCGCAACGUCAUCAAAGCCCGUCGCGCCCGCGGUGACCGCAGCCGCUGGGCACUAUUUGGCCUGCUGCCGUUUUUCGGAACUUGGGUGAUUGUCGUAGCAUAUCUAUACCUGCAACCCUUGAUCCGCACUCAGCAUCUUGUACCUUUUGCCAUCUUUGCGGGUCUGGUAAAUGCGUACAGCGUGGGACAGGUGAUCACUGCGCAUCUCGUAAAGCUGCCGUUCCCUUACUGGAACAUACUAACCAUCCCCAUGACAUUGGGCGUGAUCGAUAGUCUGGGCCCGAUUCUACAGGAGCAUGUUGGUUGGGCAUCAGGCUGGCCAAGUGCGCUCGGCACAGACGUCUACCAGGUCGCGUUCAUGUUCUGCAUGCUGGGAAUGGCGAUCGGCGUGUACGGAUCUUUCGUCGUCGACGUCAUUGUGACGAUCUGCGAUUACCUCGAUAUCUGGUGUCUUACGAUCAAGCACCCGUAUGUCGAGGGUGCGGAGGAGACUAAUGGGAAGAAGGCGAAUUAAGAAAGAAUCAGGAACAUAGAAGCAAUUAUGGACGAUGAAGAUGGAAAUGAUGGCAUGCGAACUCGAAGUUAUUAAAGGGGUGGAGGAUAAUCAAUCUCAUAAUUACGAUGCACUACGUUUCUAUCUGGGAAGGUGGAUAGGAAGGGAAGUAAUGCCGUGAGGAUCGAAAUACGAGAUAGGAAAGGAAAGAAGCGCUGGCCAUCCGCGCAUAAUACUCAGGUGAAUACUCGGGUGGAUUCGAGACGAUGAUGAAUGAAUGAUGAAUAUUGAGCUUAUCUCUACUCUUUCUAUGGCUAGCUAGAUGGGCAGAUUGGCCCUCACAAGUAAUGAUGAAGAUGGACAGGUGUGGCUUGAUGUCUUCGCAUAGGGGCUUGAGUGCGAAAUUGCUUGGGAGCCUACCUGUUACAUUAAUGGAUUCAUCGAAGCGUGCAAAUUUGGAUCAUGCCUCCCCAUCCUA